AUGGCAUCAACACUGCUGUUCAUGGUGAUCUUUGCUAUUGAUUUCAUUGCUUUUGUUCUAGCCCUUGCAGCUGAGCAGAUGAGAAGUACUGCCAAGGUUGUUACUGACAUUGACGAAAACUAUAGCUACUGCGUCUACAGCUCAGACAUCGCAACCAAAUUGGGAAUUACUGCAUUUGUUUUACUUUUGGCAAGUCAAGUUUUCACAAUGGGUGCCAGCUCCUACUUUCGAAAGGGUAUGAACUAUGGAGGCAUUAGGAAUUCUGCAGUUGUUCUAGCCAUAAUAAGCUGGAUUACAUUCUUCAUUGCUGAGGCAUGCUUACUAGGUGGUUCAAUCCAGAAUGCCCAACGGACCAAAUACAGGACCAUAUUCGUUAAUGAUGGUCCUAAUUGCCAGACUCUAAGAGAGGGAGUUUUUGAGGCAGGAGCAGCUUUCAUAUUGAUCACCAGCAUAGUUUCCAAGAUGAGCUAUGUCGGCUGUUUCAACUCUGAGGGAGGAUUGGAGAGCGGCAGCUACGAGUUGGGAACCUACACUUCACUUAAUUCAGGAAUCCAUUUCAAGCUCAACACAGGCUGUGGGGAAUCAAGCCACAGGAAACGCGACUUCUUCACCUGGGACCCGAUGGAAGCUUUCGAAGUCCAACUUGACAACGAGCUUGCUUGGCUCCAUUACAAUCAUGGGCGCUACAACAUCGAUCCUGACCUGCACCAGGGGAACUCUACACUUGUCUCAAAUAGCAUCUCGAGCCUCCUAGAUCAGGUCCCAUAUCGACCGCUAAGGUGA